CAAAAAAAAGGUAAAUAAAUGGGGAAAAAAAAAAAAAAAAGGUAUGGUUGCUGUCUAAGCCAAAAAAAGAACACAACGGGCGCUUCAACGAAGACGACGAGGAGGAAGCUGACACCGAGAGACUGAGAGACCGAAAGUCUGAUCAACAGCAAAUUGAAAUUGCUGGUUCCCUUUCUAGGGUUUUCACAGCUGUGCAACUACACAGUGAGUUUUACAGGUCCAAAUGCUUGGUGGGUUGUACGGAGACCUUCCUCCACCCACAUCGGCCGAUGAGGAGAAACCGAGCAACUCGACGGUGUGGUCGAGCAGCACUAAAAUGGCGCCGCCGACCCUCCGCAAACCAUCGUCGGUUUUUGCACCGCCACAAACGGUUCUCAAAUCCCAAAGCAAGCCCAAAUCUGUGAAUUCGGUCCACCAGGCAAGAUCCACAACAUCGCCAGCGGUGGCGCCACUGCCGGCGGUGGUACCGGAUGAUGUGGCGCAACCGGCGCUUGUGGGUAUUACGUCCACAGUGAUGGAAGAGUAUGACCCUGAAAGACCUAAUGACUACGAGGAGUACAGGAGGGAGAGGAAGAGGAAAGCUAUGGAGGCUGAAAUGAGGAGGGAGCUCGAACGGAGGAGGCAAGAGGAGGAGGAGAAGGAGAGGGAGAGGGAGAGGGAGAGGGAGAGGAGGGAAAGAGACGAGAGAGAAAGGGAUUACAGUGAAUCCCGAUUAAACAUUUCAGGUGAGGAAGCGUGGAAAAGGCGUGCCGCCAUGAGUGGGGCUGUGCCGAGGUCACCAUCUCCGCCGAGUAAUGGAGAUGGAUUCAGCAUUGGAAAGUCAGAAACAGGCGGAUUAGGCGUAGGUGCUGGUGGCCAAAUGACAGCUGCCCAAAGAAUGAUGGCCAAGAUGGGGUGGAAGGAGGGUCAAGGGCUUGGUAAGCAGGAGCAGGGGAUUACUACUCCUCUGAUGGCUAAGAAAACGGAUCGCAGAGCUGGAGUGAUUGUGAAUGCCAGUGAUACAAAGCCCGAGAAGAAGGUGAAGAGUGCCAACUUUAAUGGGGUACCCACUCGGGUGUUGCUGCUUAGGAACAUGGUGGGCCCUGGUGAGGUAGAUGAUGAGUUGGAGGAUGAGGUAGGCUCAGAGUGUGCAAAAUAUGGAACGGUGACUCGGGUUCUCAUAUUUGAGAUAACUGAGCCAAAUUUUCCAGUUGAUGAAGCCGUAAGAAUAUUUGUGCAGUUUGAGAGGUCUGAAGAAACAACAAAAGCGCUUAUUGACCUUGAUGGUCGAUACUUUGGGGGUAGAGUGGUCCGUGCCUCAUUCUAUGAUGAGGAAAGAUUUGGCAAGAAUGAAUUGGCUCCAAUGCCCGGAGAAAUCCCAGGAUUCACUUGAUUGAUUGAAGAUGUUUCAAACAGAGCAUUAAAUAUUGUCAAUUUUGAAAGUUAUGAUGGAUCAGGAUUCAUAUGGUCAGUAGCAAAUGUUGGAAGUAGCAUUUAGUUGAACUUUGGUUUAGGCAAUAGGGUCAAACUGAUGUGUGAUGGUGUUGGGAGCACAAGGAAUUGGUAGUUUACCAUUUGAAACAGCUUGAAGCAUUUUCGCUACUUUGGUGAUCAAUUUGUAUUUUUACCCCGCCGCACAUCUUUAUAUUCAUUUAUGGGUUCGAUUAUGUUAUUUGAAAACUGUUACCAUGUAAAAAGAUAGGUAAUGAUGCUCAAGUGUCCUGCCAUGGCUCAUGUUCUGUGAAAACACAAUUUUGGUUGUUAUCCAAGUACCAAUGAAUCAUUGGUGUUUUACAGA